AUGGGAAGCACGCAAGAGGUCUUUGUUGGUUCCAUCGACCAGGGAACUACCAGUUCUCGGUUUUUGAUUUUCAACAAACAGGGUGAACCUGUCGCUUCUCAUCAACUUGAGUUCAAGCAAAUUUAUCCACAGCCGGGCUGGCAUGAGCAUGAUCCUCUAGAGAUUGUAGCAUCAGUUGAGACAUGCAUUGAUGGCGCUGUCAAGCAGUUCGAGACUCAAGGUCACAGUGUCAACAGCAUCAAGGCUGUUGGUAUCACAAACCAGCGCGAAACAACGGUUCUGUGGGACAAAGAAACCGGAGAGCCCCUGUACAACGCUAUCGUGUGGACCGACACUCGGACACAGAGUCUGAUCAGAAAGCUCAAGACAAGACUCGGUGCCGACAAGCUUACUGCAAUCUCGGGACUGCCUCUCUCGACAUAUCCGUCGGUGGGAAAGCUACUAUGGCUACUCGAGAAUGAGCCCAAGGUCAAAGCCGCCUACGACAAGGGAACUCUUUCCUUUGGCACCAUUGAUGCGUGGUUGGUAUACAAGCUCAAUGGAGGACCAAAACGAAAUGUUUUCGUAUCCGACCCUUCCAACGCAUCACGGACGUUGUUCAUGAACAUCGAGACGCUGAAAUACGAUGAUUCGCUCCUCGACUUCUUCCGUAUCGAUACCAGCAAAGUCAACCUCCCAGAAAUCGUUCACUCUUCCGAUCCUUCUGCUUAUGGAUCACUAGCCUCGACAGUCCUUAAAGGCGUUCCUAUCACUGGCGUCUUGGGUGACCAAUCCGCCGCGCUCGUGGGCCAGAAAGGGUUCACACCCGGACUGGGGAAGAACACAUACGGGACAGGCAGUUUCAUCCUGUACAAUGUUGGCGACAAGCCGGUUAUCUCUAAGCAUGGCCUCCUGACGACCGUGGCCUUUGACUUUGGUGGUUCCAGCAAGCCCCAGUAUGCGCUUGAAGGCAGUAUCGCUGUGGCCGGAUCGAGUGUUAAGUUUUUGGUAGAUAACUUGGGCUUUAUCGAAAACUCGAGCAAAGUCAGCCAACUGGCAGAAACAGUUGAAGACAACGGCGGUGUGACUUUCGUUACCGCUUUCAGUGGGCUCUUCGCUCCUUACUGGAUCGAUGAUGCUCGAGGCACACUUUUCGGCAUUACUGCAUAUACACAACGCGGUCAUAUUGCUCGAGCAACAUUGGAGGCUACAUGUUUCCAGACCAAGGCUAUCCUUGUCGCCAUGGAGAAAGACAGCGGGCAUAAGCUCACCGAACUUGCAGUUGAUGGCGGCAUGUGCAACUCUGACCUGACCAUGCAGACCCAAACGGAUCUUAUUAGCAUCCCAGUGAAGCGCCCGGCAAUGCGUGAAACUACUGCCCUGGGUGCCGCCAUUGCGGCCGGACUUGCUGUGGGUGUGUGGGAGAGCAUAGAUGAAUUGAAGGCUGUUAAUACUGAAGGAGUGACCACCUUCAAGCCUGCCAUCAGUCAAGAGGAUGCCGAGACACGUUUCGCGAGGUGGGAGAAAGCCGUUGAAAUGAGCAAAGGCUGGGCGAACUAG